UUGUCUACAAAGAGGAAUAUUGCUUUCUCAGAUGGCAGUUGAAUCCUCUUCCUGAUGAUCCACAUGAACUGGGCCACGGUGAUGUCAGAUGGAACUAAGUACUUCCUCUUGUCAAUAUCAACAAUCUGAGAUCCGGAGACCUUCUCCACUAUGACCUGUAAAGCACAGGUGUGUGAAGAUCAGGCUUUUCUGGAUUGGUAUGAACAGACAGCUUCGGUAAAUUGCUCACCAGUACAACAGUGGGCAGAGGGGAGGAACAAAAAUGUUUCUUGACUGCAAGAAAAUGAGAGGUAAGACUGGCUCAGCACUGUUAAAACAUGAUUUUGUGACUGCACUGAAACCUAUAUUCAUCCACACAGUGGCUCAAAACUCCCUACCCCUGAGGUUGACAGCCAUGGAGUAAAAAGAUACAAUAUGCCUAAAAGAAACCCGUGACAGGGAAGUACACAUAUCUUUUCACUUUCUGUAUGCUAAGAAACUGCUUGCCUCUCUACAUCCUCUCCUCGAGAAACUGUGGAGAGCAGUGAGAUUGCUUAUCAGCCUUCUUUUCUCCAAACUAGAUAAACCUGGAGUCCUUAGCUGCCACUCCUAGGACAUGCAAGCGUGACCAUCAUUGCUUGAAACGUUGUGGUACACAGAAUUCUAGUUUUCAACAAGCACACCCUGUCUUCUUUUAAGUUGUCAUACAGCUAAAUAAAAUAGAGGUUUAAUAUACAUACCACCUUCACCCUUCCAACUUCACUCUUUAAAUAAUGUCCUGAGUUGCUCCUAACUGAUGACAGAACCAACUGCUUGGUAUGGCAUAUAGCAAAAGAGAAAAAUAAAAAAGGAAGAAAUACUAGGAAUAAAUGUCAUUAACACUGAAUAAAAAAAUCCAUAUUUAGGUAAACAGGAGGGAGAACCACCAGCCUAGUCUAUUAUCUAAACUGCCAUUUCACCUGUUGUGCUCAAGCUUCCAUCUAAAGCAUUAUAAUAUUCAUUAACACUUCCCCCUCCGCCACCCCAUUCCCUGAAGUCUUUUGUACUCAUCCGUGGAGUAUACCAUACCAUUAUGCAACAUGUGGCAUUGAAUCAGAAACUGCCACACCAAGCAGAGCCAUGUGCAUACUUGGAGGUAACUGAGUGCAGAGUUGGAAGAAGCCAUGUUCUCUCUGAAUACAGUCAAAGCUGAUAAUCAGAGUUGCAGUGGGAACUGUGGAAUAAUGCAAGGGUCUGUUCAUUUUUUUUACAGUGCUUUGUGCUACUGGUUUUGAUUGGACAUCCAUGCUACCCACACUUCUAUAAUUACUGAAUUUAUUGGUUGGCAGUGAUUAUCAGCUUCCCACAGCUAGCCACCAAGCAUUUUAGCCAGGCUCAACAAUGCCUCAGGGAAGAGAAAUGAAGUCACGGCAGCACGCUCUGGAAUACCAGCUGGCCUGCACAAGGUGCCCGUUGAGCACUCCACUGAACUGCCAGAAAGGUUCUGUGAUGUGACUUUUGCCACGGGCCUCUGCUGUACCAGACUUGCACUACCAGAUAAUCCAGCAAUGUAUUCAUCUGACGAUAAAAACUGUAUGAUUACAGCUUUGGUUGGUUGGAUGAAGUUACGGCAUGACAGUGAAGCCAUACUAAUAAAGUGCAGGUUUUGGCCAUAUCUGAAUGAGCUCCAGAUGGGAUAUGUAGGCUGUAAGGAAAACAAAUAGAUAAAAAUAAUCACGACCCAUGUUUACGCUGCUAGGCCACCACAGGAACUUGGCUAUUCAUAGACCAGGAGUGUUCGGUAACAGAAAGCAGGUAGAUUUGCAUCAUCAAUGGGCCUUUGUUUGCAACUUUGAAAAAAUGGCUGCCAAUGUUCAUCACUCUUUUAGGAUGUCUGUAGACUCAGGUCUGCAAUAACAAACCGAUUUUAUCACUGGAAACCUUACUUUUAUUUUUUAAGAAACAUGUUACUCUAAAUGUGACUGCACUCAAGGCAUACUGCUUGUUCCACCAUGUUACUGUUGUCAAGGUGGGACUUACUGAUGCUAUUUUCUGCUUUGUAUUAUGCUGAACUAACAUUAGAGUGUCUUAUUUUUAUACCGUAGGAAACUAGAAAUCAACUACAGGAAGGAAAGAUGGCAAGAUAGCCAGAGCAAAAAGCAACAGGUACAGGAGGAAAGAGAAUAAAGUACUAUUCGUGGAAAUGACAUGAUACUUAUUGCUCCACACAGGCUAGUUCUUGAAGGUAAAACUCAGCACAUGGGGAAAUAAGGCUUACAAGAGGUUCCAGGGUCUCCAUUCCUUAGCUCUGCAGUCCCCAUUGCUGCAGCAUAUGGGUAAUGCUCAAGUAAAUUGACAAAAUAUGGUUAUCUUAUGAUCUGGAGAGGUUUUCCUUAUAAAUUUCUUCAGCUCUGCCUACAGAAGCGUGAAUGCCUAGCAGCUGCCCCUUGCAGUUCAGUAUGAGGGAACUGUAAAGUGGACCAAGAACAGCCUGAAAGGAAUAUUGGAGCCUUAACAACAGAUACCUUUUUUUUUUUUUUUUAAGUUUACAGUAGCACACUAGGCAUUUUAGCUUCAUAACAGAAACUGGUGUAACUGGAUGUCAAGGCUGUUGAUGAACUGCCGCUACAAAAAAUUAGAUACCUUUAACCCUUGGACCACUUGACGCUCUGGACAAACUGCAGCGCUUGGAACGCAUGAAUUUCUUUCACCUCCCAUUUUAUUCCUAAAAGGUCUACCUUUAGGACAGAGGGUUAUGAAGGAUAUUCUUGAAAUGGACUAAUGGACAUAUGUGGAGAUGUACGGUCAUGAGCACACUACGGUCAAUACAUGAAGGAGUAGUUGGCCAAGCUGAGAAUGGCGAGGAUCGGAUCACCUUGCCGGACUGCAGCUGGAGAAGAUGCUGUGACUAGGUGCAACUCAGCAGCAGAGAAAGUCAAUGAGAUUAGAGGUUCUUCUCUGGGCUAUGCUGUCUAAAGGAUAAGUUAUGUAUCUAGAGGUCUUGCAGGAGGAGCACGGACUGGCACAUGGUCGGAUGAGAUGUGUGAAAUUUUACUCACAAGGAGGUUUCUGGUUGAAGCAGAGCGCGUACCUGGAGCAGCCCGCGGUGCGCUUCCGAUACGAGGUGCUCUUCGUGGCCACCACCGGGCCCGGCCCAGGCAGCUUUUUGGCGUGGAGCACGUUCCCAGCGUUCAACAGGCUCCAAGAGGACCGGCUGCGAGUCCCACUCCUGUCGACUAGAGAGGAAGACAAAAAUCAAGAUGGCAAAAUGGAUCAGUUGCAUUUUAAAUUGGAACUUCCUCUACAACCUACGGAGCAUGUAGUUGGUGUUCAGCUGAUCCUGCUCUUUUCCUACCAGCUUAACCUGUGUAUUCCUUUGGACCGUAGUGCAGCAUGGAGGACAGAGAGAAUGUCUACGCUUGUGAUGCAGACCAUGGCUUUUCUUCAGUUUUUUUCUCCCGUGCCAGGUUCUCAGCUCUAUACGAAUGGAGACCUGAAAUUGAACCAGAGGCAAUUACUUAAACACUGUGGACUCGAUACCAGAUACAAUGUGUCUGUGGUCAAUGGCACAAGUCCUUUUGCGAGUGACUAUGAUCUAACAAACAUCAUUGCAGCAUAUUGGGAUAGAAAUGUGACAACAGUCUUUUCAGAUCCCAACCCUAUUUGGAUGACUGGAAGAGCAACAGAUACACCAUUUAUCAUUAAUGCCACUAUUCGUUACCCAGUGGAAGUUAUCUUAUAUCAGCCAGGAUUUUGGGAAAUGAUAAAAUUUGCCUGGAUCCAGUAUGUCAGCAUUCUCCUCAUCUUUCUUUGGGUGUUUGGUAGGAUUAAAAUGUUUGUAUUCCAGAAUCAGGUGUUGGCCACAACUCCAAUAUCAUCAGUUCUGCCAGCGUCUCCAGUAUUGUCCUACAAACAGCACCAGUCCUGAGGAGGUGCCUGAGAAUGCUUUAAAGAAAGGCGGUUCAAAAACACAUGCCUUUUAUUCUCUACACUUUUUACUUUGGAUGAUCCGAACUUUGUAAGUAUGAUCCAAGGAUGUUCUGUUUGCGCUUCCUUUUUAAAAAUACAUGUUCAUUAAUUUGUUUCUCUGGGAAUAAAGUUUUAUGACCGAUUUUUUUUUAAAUAGUUUUGACAGUUAUAGAAGAAAGUAGUUAUUUUUAUUGUAACCAGAACACUUAAAAAACUGAUAGAGAGCAAUGAGUGCAUUACCUCAAUUUUGCUGAACAUUGAAGACUGAAAAUAAUAUAUUAGUAGCAAGAAUGUAAGCCAUUUUUACUAUUUUGUAAAUUAAUUCACGUCUGAGUUAAGAGUUCUGUCGAGCUAUUUCUAAAUUUGCAACCUGCUUCUGUUAGGGGGUCGAACUAGAUGAUCUCUAAAGGUCUCCUCCAACCCCGACCCUUCUAUGAUUCUAUGAAAUGCAUUUAUGUCUGCUACAAAAGGAAAAAAUAUAAAGACUGUGAAAGAAUGUAUUGGUGAGUUAAGGUCAGAGCCAUGUUUCUGUAACUGUGGGUAUGCAUGCUCACCAGUUUAGUUAUCGAACUGGAUGAUGGAUAAAUUGAUGGCUGAUAUGAGAAACUGGGUUGCGAGUGAUAGGGUCGGGCCCUCUGCACCAUCAGUUACUAUUGGCAUUGUUACUGCGGCACUAGAUGAUGAAUUGUAAAUAGUAAAACAGAGAAGCUUGUAUACAUUUACAGAAAACUUAACAAAAAAUAAAACCUAUCAGAGAUGUUUCAGA